AUGGUUGACGGUUACCCAGAAAAUGCCGUCGCUGUCAUCGGCAUGGCUUGUAAAUUCCCUGGCGCAGAUUCGUUAGAUGACUACUGGCAGCUGCUGGACGAGGGCAAGUCUAUGUGUGAAUCGGCACCCGAGAGUCGCUUCGCCACGACAGAAAAUCGACGGCAUCAGGAGAAAUCUAUUUACAACGGCAACUGGAUUUCCGACAUUGAUGCCUUUGAUCACAAAUUCUUCCGCAAGUCCAGUCGUGAAGCCGCCUCGAUGGACCCACAGCAACGUCUUUUGCUACAGGUUGCCUAUCAAGCACUUGAAUCCUCGGGUUAUUUUGGCCCAGUCGAACCACGUACAGAUGUCGGUUGCUAUGUCGGUGUCUGCGCAUCCGAUUAUAAUGAUAAUGUGGCAGCACAUCCACCAAAUGCAUUUUCAACACUAGGCACCCUUCGUGCAUUUUUGACGGGGAAAAUCAGUCACUACUUUGGCUGGACGGGCCCCUCUGUGUCCGUUGACACAGCGUGCUCAUCUUCUAUGGUGGCUAUUGAUGCUGCCUGCAACGCGGUUCAGCUCGGUAAUUGUUACAGCGCCAUCGCUGGCGGCGUUUCCCUUUUCACAAGUCCAUAUUUCUUUCAAAACCUGUCCGGAGCCUCAUUCUUGAGCCCAACAGGGCCGACAAAGUCAUUUGAUGCGGAUGCAGACGGGUACUGCCGCGGGGAGGGUAUUGGUUUGGUAGUGUUAAAGAAGUUGUCGAAUGCCUUGGCCGACAAUGAUAACAUUCUAGGCGUGAUACUCUCUAAUGCUGUUGCUCAAAGCAGUAAUCUCGUUCCAAUCACUGUGCCAUAUAGCCCUUCACAGACCUCUUUAUACCGUAGAGUCCUCAAGCAAGCGAAUGUGUCUCCGGAAGAAGUGACCUAUCUGGAAGCCCACGGCACUGGGACGAGGAUCGGCGAUCCACAAGAAUAUGAUGGUAUUCGCGAGGUAUUUGGCUGCCAGGGCCAACGUGAGCAGCCUUUUCACUUUGCUUCAGUGAAGGGCAACAUUGGCCAUACCGAAGGUGCAUCAGGCGUGGCCGGCCUUAUUAAAACAUUGUUGAUGAUGGAGCGACGUGUGAUACCAAGACAAGGCAGCUUCAAGCAAUUGAACCCGAAGAUCACCUUAGAACCAAACUUGAUGAUUCCUACAUCCUCUGUACCGUGGACUGCCAAGACAUUGAUUGCUUGCAUCAACAACUACGGUGCUGGCGGGAGUAUCGCAGCCGUGAUAGUCAAGGAAGCUCCCAAAUUAUCCACACAGAAGAAGUCUUCUUCACUAGCGAUUCAGGCUCGCUAUCCCGUCUUUCUCUCGGCACACUCUCCCCAAAGUCUCAGUGAGCUAGCCUCAAAAUUACGCACGUAUAUCAACCACUUGCCUCCUUCAUUGACCAGGAACACCCUGGCGGAUUUUGCAUUUAACCUAGGAGAUCGACAAAAUAGAUCUCUGUCGAAUAUAGUGGCAACUACCGUGUCUAGCAUGUCUGAACUUGACGAUCAGCUCCGCAUUUUGUCAUCUGUGCCUGAUUCUGCUCCUGCGCAGACAGCUGUGGUAGACCCCAAGCCAAUUGUACUCGCAUUUGGGGGCCAAACUAAUCGAUCCGUCGGACUCAACCCGGCCGUGACAGAGGCGUCCGGACUGUUUCGGUCUUAUCUUGACGAAUGUGAUCGAAUUCUGAAAUCACUCGGUAGCAAUAGCAUCUACCCCGGCAUUUUUGAGUCCAACCCGCGUGAUGAUAUCGUUGGUCUUCAGACAAUGCAGUUUGCCGUGCAGUACGCCUCCGCCAAAACCUGGAUGGAUUCCGGUUUGCGUGUUGACUAUAUCGUGGGCCAUUCAUUUGGUCAGCUCGUUGGAAUGACUGUCGCAGGCAUCCUAUCUCUCGAGGACGGUUUGAAGCUAGUCCACGGCCGUGCUGCGCUGAUGCAACAGGGAUGGGGACCCGAGCGCGGAGAGAUGGUCGCUCUAGACGCUGACCUCAAAACUACGCAAGAGCUUAUCGCAACCUCAUCACCAAAUGACAAGCUAGAAAUUGCAUGCUUCAACGGACCGAAAAGCCACGUUGUCGUUGGCUCCAAUGUCGCCAUCGAUGGACUAAUCGACAAACUGCGGGUUUCCUCAGCUGUGAAGUAUAAGAAGUUGAACGUAACACAUGGCUUCCAUUCCCGCUUCACUGACGCUAUAUUACCGGCCCUGGAAUCUCUCGCAGAAACCCUGACUUACUGCUCUCCGCAGAUUCCAUUUGAAGCAUGCUCGGAUGGAUCAUCCUGGUCCGCUCCCACCCCACAGCUGAUUGCGCAACAUACCCGUAUUCCGGUAUACUUAGGACAGGCAAUUAGUCGCAUUGUAUCCCGUCUUGGGUCAUGUAUCUGGCUCGAAGCAGGAUCUAACUCAUCUAUCACAAGUAUGGCACGCCGUGCUGUAGGCGACGACGUGCAAAGCCACAGUUUCAUUCCCCUUAAUCUUAGCAGCCCUGGCGCUAUUGGGUCUUUGGCUGAUGCUACAGUCCAACUAUGGCGUAAUGGCCAUCAUCGAAUUCAAUUUUGGCCAUUUCAUCGUUCUGAGAGGGUUUCUUAUACGCAUCUCAGCCUACCACCUUUCCCAUUUGAGAAAACCCGGCACUGGCUGGAGUGGGUGGAGGCCAAGCCUGUCGCUMCCCCAGCCGCUAUUUUACAGGACACAGACAAGGAUAACCACAAUAACCAACUUCUUUUCUCUCCCAUGUGGCUCGAUGCUAAUCGGCAAACUGCUAGAAUUCGUGUCAAUCCUCGCACCGAUGAAUGGCACAGAGUAGUUGAAGGCCAUGCUGUCCUCAACAAUCCUCUGUGUCCUGCGCCACUCUACAUCGAGCUGGUCGCCCGGGCGAUGAAAAUUCUGGGGCUUGGUGAAGUGUCUGCAUUUCACUCUCUGGAGAUUAUUGCACCCUUGGGAUUGAGCCAGGAUGGGGAUUUGGCUCUGCAGCUCGAACAGCAAACCAACAAUAAUUGGUCAUUUUCCUUUGUCUCGCAGCCGCUCAAUGCACCAAAACAGGACCUAGCCGUGCAUGCGACCGGAGCUGUCACCAUUGCCAGCGAUAACAAUAGUGUAAAGGCUGAGUUUGAUCGAACUGCGCGACUACUUCCCUAUAGCCGGAUCAAGGAAUUUCUUUCCCAGGAAGAUGGAGAGGCUAUGCAUGGUGCUCUCAUUUACAAGGUAUUUAAUCGGGUUGUCCAGUAUGACGACUACUACAAGGGAGUUUCACACGUCGUGGCUAAAUCCGGUCAAGUUGCUGCAAAUGUCGUACUUCGCAAUCCGCCGUUGUCGUGGGCCGCAGAACAGGUCUGUAAUCCACUGGCCUUGGAUAACUUCUUACAAGUAUCUGGACUGCACGUUAAUAGUCUAAGAGACUGUGCGGACACGGAUGUUUACGUGUGUACCAAAGUUGAUCGACUAUCAAUAAGUCCAAGUUUCUUUACGUCUUCAUCACAACCUGGACAUGGUUGCUGGGGGGUGUUUUCGAAUUUGAACGUUAUCAACGACAAGCAAGUUGAGAAUGAUGUUUACGUUUUUGAUGCUACAACCGGAGAGCUUGUUUUGACGGUGGUCGGCGCUCAGUUUAGCAGAGUUCUCAUCAACUCGCUUAGCAGGGUAUUAUCGAGAGCUAAUAACUCGAGCAUAUCUACCACCGCAGCGGCAACGACCACAAUCACCACUGCAUCGGUACUACCUGUUCCAGUCACAGCACCAUUCUCCGAAAGUCCUUUUGCUAGUACCCAAUCGCCUACAGCACCGUCUUCAUCUGCCACCAAGGCCAGGGUGGUACGAAAAAAUAAGACGCCAAAUAUAGAUAAAGAACUCCGACAGCUGCUCUCUAGGAUUACAGAUGUUCCCGAGGAGGAAUUCAGUGGUCAAGCAACACUCGAAGAUCUCGGUAUUGAUUCAUUGAUGAUCACAGAAAUAGUCUCCGAGAUUAGUACUACCUUCAGCAUCAGCAUCCCACAGGAAGAUUUGCAAGAUCUUGUGACAUUUAAAUCUCUUAGUACCUAUCUUGCGCGUAGGGGUGCUCGUGGAAACAGCGCCGAUGAAGAAGAGGAGAUUGUCGAAAAAGAUGAUUCGCCAAAUCUAGUGGUUCUUUCCGAUAUCGCGCCUGCGGUUCCCAAUACGGUCCGCGCAGAUUCUAAGAGAGACGAAAGUCUUCGGCUGCAAUUAGCUCAAUUGGUUGCAAGCCAUUUAGAGGUCCCGGCAAGCAACUUCGUUCGAACAACAAACUUGGCUGAUCAGGGGCUCGAUUCGCUCCUCUGCAUGGAACUCGCAAGUGAUAUUGAGCGUUCUUUUGGUGUAAGGAUUGACGUAACCCUACUUACUACAGAGUCCAACUUUGGCGACCUAGUCGACAUGGUCUUUGGAAGGGGCAAUGGGAGCGAAAAGCCACUACUCCCAUCCUCUAUAUUAUCUAGCUCAGGAACUGAGAGCUUGGGAACUUCUACCCCAGCGGGUACCGAUACCGACUAUGAGCAGAUCUCACUCCCGGAUAGUGGGUGCAACUCCAUACAAGCUUUUGAAAAGAUUCAGUUCGACUAUGACCAAUAUGCGAAGGAACUGGGAUUCAUAGGGUUCUGGAAGAAUGUCUACCCGACACAGGCACGACUUGUACUCGCGUAUGUUGUCGAAACCUUCCGUGAUCUAGGUUGCCCGCUGGAUGCACUUCAACCGGGCCAGACUAUCCCACUACUACCCAUCUUGCCCAAGCACGACCGUCUCCGCGGCGUAUUCUAUGAAGUUUUGCGAGACGGACAGGUUGCAGACUAUACAGGCAAGGAUUAUAUCCGCUCUGAAAAGCCCCUUGAUUCGGAAACCUCUGCAGAAAUUUACUCGGAGAUUAUCCGCGCUCACCCACAGCACGCUAAGGAGCACGAGCUACUCCAUCUGUGUGGCUCGAUUAUGGCAAAGCUUGUUAGUGGCGAGCGAGACCCCCUUCAAUUACUGUUCGGAACCAAAAAGAAUAAGGAGCUGUUGGAAGAGGUUUACAGCAAUGGGCCAAUGUAUCGGGCUAUGAGUCAACUAUUGGCCAAGUUCCUCAAACAAGCACUUAGUAAUCGUUCAUCCCCCGUUCGGAUUUUGGAACUAGGCGCAGGGACGGGCUCAACAACGAAGUGGGUAGUCGAUACCCUCGUACGCUCCGGAAUAUCAUUCCACUAUACCUUCACCGACAUAUCAACGUCACUAGUCGCUGCUGGCAGGCGCAAGUUCUCCAAAUAUGAUGACUGUAUGGAGUUUCAGGUGCUGGAUAUAGAAAAGGACAUUCCCCAGAAAUUCUUCAGGUCCUUCGAUACCAUCCUUUCCACCAACUGCAUUCACGCAACAAGCAACUUACCGAACUCCCUCAGCCAUAUCUACCAGAUGUUGCGACCUGGAGGGUUUGUUUCUCUGGUCGAGUUUACCAAGAAUAUGUUUUGGUUUGAUCUUGUCUUUGGUCUCUUAGAAGGUUGGUGGUUAUUUAAUGAUGGCCGCCAGCACGUUCUUGCCGAUGAAGCCUUCUGGGAGCGUUGCAUGCGGAACGUUGGAUUUCAACACGUGGCAAUGACCGAGGGCCCGAGCCUGGAGUCCAACACCGUGCGUAUUAUCACUGGCUUUACCAACAAAGCGACUGAACCGCCCCGUACAGCGUCAUGGAUUGAAAGAAAGAGAGAUGAAACCGAGAUUGAAACCGUGGCUUUCAACACAACUCCGGAUGGUGUGAUACUGCGUGCCGAUAUUUACCACCCGUCAUCGUCUUCGAUUACGGGCACGUCGGGGUUAUCUUCACUAAAAAAAUGGCCUAUUGCCUUGUUGAUCCAUGGAGGUGGACACGUCAUGCUUUCAAGGAAAGACAUUCGAACAAAGCAAGUACAACAUCUAAUCCGUCAUGGCAUUCUUCCAGUUAGUGUGGACUAUCGGCUAUGUCCUGAGGUGAAUAUUGUCGACGGCCCGAUGCGUGAUGUCCGGGAAGCCUUCGUUUGGGCGCGAACGCAGCUGUCUUCUCUGAAGCUGUCCGCAUCACCUUACUUACAAAUUGAUGACAGCCGUGUAGCUGUGGUUGGCUGGUCCACUGGUGGCACGUUGGCUUUGACGCUCGGAUGGACUCCAGAAGUCAAAGCUCCAGACGCGAUUCUUUCAUUUUACUGUCCUACCGAUUACGAGGAUCCCUGCUGGCAAGCACCCAACUUCCCCAAUAAGUCCGAGGCUGAGGCCCAGAAUGAAGAUUAUGAUCUUCUAGAAGGAGUGUAUAACCAGCCCAUCACAAGCUACAAUGUGCCACCUUCUAAGCGGGCAACUGGAGGAUGGAUGUGCCCGUCAGACCCACGAUCUAGGAUCAUCCUCCACAUGAAUUGGCGUGGCCAAAUGCUUCCAGUACUUGCCAAUGGCUUACCGUCCAAGGAUGCCUCUCGUAAACUGUCUACUGAAGAACAGAAGCAAAUAGCUCGUCUCCCGCAACCGUCUUCGGAGCAGAUCGCCAGGUUCAGUCCUCUCGCCCACAUUGUGAAGAACGAGGUCCAUUCGCCAACGUACCUUGUGCACGGGACUGAAGACGAUCUAAUCCCGUGGCAGCAGUCGCAGCGGACUUAUGAGGCACUUGUUGCGGCUGGCGUGGAUGCAGGUAUCUCAGUGCUGGAAGGCCAGCCGCAUCUCUUUGAUUUGUUCAGUGAUGGAGAUGGAAAGAAGUGGGAGCGAAUACUGGAGGCUUUUGACUUUAUUUUCCGGCACCUAGGUAUUGCAUCAAAGCAAUAG